AUGACAAUCUUCAUGCACUAAUGAUUGCAACUCGCAUUAUAGGUCUUGCACAGAUGUGUGGAAUACCCGAGAUUGGUCUGUUGGACAUAAUAGAGGGUCUAUCAAAAUCAUAUAUAUUCGAAACGACUGGACGCACUAUUGUGGCUGGAAUGCGUGGGCGACAUUCAUCAGAAGUAUAUAAUAUCGGUUUGGGAAUUCGAGGAAGCUUAGAAAAUGUGCACAAAAAUUUUAUGAUAGAAGCAGGAGGAUUUAAAGGAUCACGAGAAGUUA